GUGCGCCCUGCCCUGCCAUGCAAGGCAACCCUGUCCCCGCCGCUCCGCGCUACCAGCCCGCCUGCCCCACGAGGGUCGCGUGUGUCUACAGCAGCUGCUACUGGAAGGCUUAAGUCGGCCGACUCGCGUGAGCCCCACAGCAGCCCCAACUACUGUUGUGCUUCCACUUUGAAGAUGCGAGCACUGAAGCUCAGACCGAUGCAGUGAAGAAAAUAUUUGGAAGCUCUGCGAAUACAUCAAAAACCAUGACCAGUAUCCUUUAGAGGAAUGUUACGCUGUCUUUAUAUCAAAUGAGAAGAAGAUGAUACCUAUCUGGAAGCAGCAGGCAAGACCUGGAAAUGGACCUGUGAUCUGGGAUUACCAUGUUGUUUUGCUUCACGUUUCGAGUGGAGGACAGAGCUUCAUUUAUGAUCUUGAUACUGUGUUGCCAUUUCCUUGCCCCUUUGACACAUAUGUGGAAGAUGCCUUUAAGUCUGAUGAUGACAUUCAUCCACAGUUUAGGAGGAAAUUUAGAGUGAUCCGUGCCGAUUGCUAUUUGAAGAACUUUGCUUCUGACCGGUCUCACAUGAAAGACUUCAGUGGGAACUGGCGGGAGCCUCCCCCACCUUAUCCCUGCAUCGAAACUGGAGACUGCAAAAUGAACCUGAAUGAUUUCAUCAGUAUGGAUCCUGAAGUUGGAUGGGGAGCUGUCUACACACUACCUGAAUUUGCACACCGCUUUAGCAGUAAAAGCUACUGAGCUGGACAUCGGGAUGUAGAACUGUGAACUCGGGGACACAAACAGGCCAGCCUGUCCCAUAGGACAGCAAACGUGAUACAUUUGGCUCGGAGCUACAUUUCCUCUCUUAAUUCAGUGGAGUGGGAACAUGGAUGAACACAAAUACAAAUGAACUAAAGAAAACCUCUUUCGUACUCGGGGAGAAUGCAUGUGUAGCCUGUGUGAGGCCCUGGGUUCCAGCCCAGCACCGCAAGGAAAAGAAGACCUUUCCUUUUGGUGUGUCGAGUGGCAGCUCAGCGUGGUGUCUUUUUGCCCCCGUGUGAUGGCUGCCAGGCCUGGCUGUGUGCAGAUGGAGGAAUCUCUUCUGCAUGUCUCUUGUCUCUGUGGCCACACUGUAUGCCCCUGUGGGCAAGGCUCUGUUUCACGGAUAUGUGAACGUUUGGUGCGCCGUAAAGAUAUUCAUGAAGUAUUUCUAGAGACAGCACUGCUGCUUGGAAAGGGAUUGUAUUGUGAGCUGAAUCAGCAGUAAGUAUUAGUCUUUUUGGACCACAGUGUUGUUAACGAUUGCAUUUCUCUCAGGCUGAGUGAUAUUUGGCCUACUUAUAAGUGAUUUGUUUUGGGCCUUAUGAAUGAUUUUUUAAAAAUAAGAUUUAAAAUUUAUUGUGUUGAAGGUUUUGUGUCAUUCUUUUUUUUUGGUACUGGGGAUCGAACUCAGGACCUUGUGCUUGUGAGGCAGGCGGCGGAACCACUGAGCUAAAUCCUCGGCCCUGUGUCAUUCUUCAUGAUCCAAAAUACCUAAGAGUGUCAGUCAUAUAUGAGAACCAUCUAUGUGCGUUUGAAAAAUAUGCUUUAAAACACAUUUGUCAUGUCUGCCUUCUUGGAAAAUUGGCUUUAAUCAUACAAUUCCAAAUAAAAGAUAUUUGGCAUUAAACUGGGA